CAGGAACAAGAGACAAGUUACACCAUUCUGAGGGCAAGAGGCACAAAUGUCACCAUCAGUAGCCUCAAGCCUGCCACUACAUACGUAUUCCAAAUCCGCGCCCGAACAGCCGCUGGGUAUGGGACCAACAGCCGCAAGUUUGAAUUCGAAACCAGUCCAGACUCGUUCUCCAUCUCUGGUGAAAAUAGUCAAGUGGUCAUGAUCGCCAUCUCUGCUGCAGUGGCAAUCAUCCUCCUCACCGUUGUCGUCUAUGUUCUGAUUGGGAGGUUUUGUGGCUACAAGUCAAAACAUGGUGCAGACGAAAAAAGACUUCACUUUGGGAACGGGCACCUAAAACUUCCAGGUCUCAGGACUUAUGUUGACCCACAUACAUAUGAAGACCCUACCCAAGCAGUUCACGAGUUUGCCAAGGAACUGGAUGCCACCAACAUAUCCAUUGAUAAAGUUGUUGGAGCAGGUGAAUUUGGAGAAGUGUGCAGUGGUCGCUUAAAACUUCCUUCAAAAAAGGAGAUUUCAGUGGCCAUCAAGACCCUGAAAGUGGGCUACACAGAGAAGCAGCGGAGAGACUUUCUGGGAGAAGCGAGCAUCAUGGGACAGUUUGACCAUCCCAAUAUCAUCCGCCUGGAAGGUGUUGUCACUAAAAGUAAGCCAGUUAUGAUUGUCACAGAAUACAUGGAGAAUGGUUCCUUGGACAGUUUCUUACGUAAACAUGAUGCACAGUUUACGGUUAUCCAGCUAGUGGGGAUGCUUCGGGGAAUAGCAUCCGGCAUGAAGUACCUGUCGGACAUGGGCUAUGUGCACCGCGACCUCGCUGCUCGGAACAUCUUGAUUAACAGUAAUUUGGUGUGCAAGGUUUCCGAUUUUGGACUUUCACGUGUUCUAGAGGAUGACCCAGAAGCUGCUUACACAACAAGAGGAGGGAAGAUCCCAAUUCGGUGGACAUCACCCGAGGCCAUAGCCUACCGCAAGUUUACCUCAGCCAGCGAUGUGUGGAGUUACGGGAUUGUUCUCUGGGAGGUGAUGUCUUACGGAGAGAGACCAUACUGGGAGAUGUCCAAUCAGGAUGUAAUUAAAGCUGUGGAUGAGGGCUAUCGACUGCCACCCCCCAUGGACUGCCCAGCUGCCUUGUAUCAGCUGAUGCUGGACUGCUGGCAGAAAGACAGAAACAACAGACCCAAGUUUGAGCAGAUUGUUAGCAUUCUGGACAAGCUUAUCCGGAAUCCCGGCAGCCUGAAGAUCAUCACCAGUGCGGCAGCAAGGCCAUCAAAUCUUCUUCUGGACCAAAGCAAUGUCGAUAUCACUACCUUCCGCACAACGGGUGACUGGCUUAAUGGUGUCCGGACAGCACAUUGCAAGGAAAUCUUCACAGGCGUGGAGUACAGUUCUUGUGACACCAUAGCCAAGAUUUCCACAGAUGACAUGAAAAAGGUUGGUGUCACUGUGGUUGGGCCACAGAAGAAGAUCAUCAGUAGCAUUAAAGCUCUAGAGACACAAUCAAAGAAUGUUCCAGUGCCCGUGUAAAGUUCUACUUCUGGAAGGCAGUGGUGACUGUGGAAGAUUUUGCAUCACUCUGUAGACAGAUGAUAAUGCUAGAAAUACCGGCGGAAGUUCCAAGUCCAAUAAGACUCUCAGAUAUGAGUACAAAUGCCUUAAAAUGGAAUUGAAAAACUCUUUAUUUUCUCUUAUCAUUUAGUGGAUGGGUGGGUGGGAGUCUUUGCUUUGUAAUUGCUUUUUAAAAAAAUAUUAGUUGAUGGAUUAAAUUAAAAUUCUUCAAUGCAAAAUGGUGAAGAACUAGCAUAGAGCCAUUGAUCAGAAACUGACUAUCAUAAAAGCAAAACAAGUGAAAUGUCAAAAUGGACAUGGUGGCUUUGUUUGCAAAUAGCCACAAAAGAAAAGACUUGUAAUAUUUUUAUAUACAGAAGGAAUCUGCAACAGGUAUUUUGUUUCUUUAAAAGCAAACAAAAUGAGGAAUUUAUACCUCAAACUAUCUGGCCAUAUUUACUACCUUUUCAUUGUAUUAUUCUCUUUUAUCUGUUUAAAAGCAUAUAGAGAUGAAGUUUGUAGUUGUUUUAAGUACUACACAUUUUUAAUUGUUAGCUUCCUUAAGAAUAUCAUGUAAAGAAAUGUCUUAAUUUUUGAAAAAAGUACAUAUUUAUUUUCUUUCGAAUUGUCUUUAUUGUUUUAUAUUUAUGCUUUGAUGAUUUAAUUUGGAUUUAUUGCAGCCAAGUGCCAAAUGCUCUCUCAAAUUGUCAGCAGUAGGAAACAUGUCUAACUAGACAUAGAUAAUGAUUAGUUUCUCUCCAGAUUUUUUGAGCCAUUCACUUACAUGUAUUUAAAGAAAUGAAGCCUUUUCCCUGUUCAUAUGCUAACCAAAUCUCUCAUAGUCUAUAUUAUUUCAUUCAUUUUUGUCUCUCCAUUUCCCAUAAACUGUAUGUUCCUAAUUAAGUGUCACAUUCUGGUUUGUAUGUAACAGAUUUUCAACCAGAUGAUGACAUACCUUUUCUGCUCUGGUGCUUAGAGACCAUCAACUCCCUCCUUUAGCAAAGGAGUCAUGUUAGAGUUCCUAAGAAUAGGAAAAAUUUGGAAUUCUAUCUAGAUUGCUGCGUUAACUGGCAACACAGCCUAUAGACCAAUGCAUGAGUCAAAAAAUUACUUGCUAACUGGCUUUGAACCACUUAAUAUAGUUGCUUAAAGUUGCUGAGCUGUUGAUAGAGAAUGAUGACAAUGGACAUACUCAUCUGCAUCCCUGAGGUUUAGGCCAAUUAAUUAAACAUUGUGAUCAUCAAUACCAGGUAAUAAUAUCUUUAAGGGUCUUCCACUUCAAUGCACCUAUUGUAAUUUUGGUGUGUAACUUAGAAUCAUUGAACUUAUUUGACCUUAUUGUACAUAUAAUUUUCAAAACAGCAAGUCAUCUAGCAAAUGCCUCAAAAUCUGUAGACAGUGGAUAAAUGUCUCGUUGCAGGGAUUUAGACUUUCUGUUACACAAAGGCCAACUAUGAGCAUGCCAAGAAAUGUUUGAAAAUGUUUGAAAGGAUGAACUUGGUGGAGAUCUAGCUACUAAUAUAUUCUGAAGCAACAUUAUCUAUAUUCUUUCUAAUGUUGAUGAUCAUGGGUAUCAGAAAUGCAUUUGUUACAAGAAUAUAUCGGAUAAAACAAUGCUGCAAACUUUAUGUUCUUAUGCAAAAUGGAAUACUAAAUACAGCUUGCAAUCACAAAUCAAAAUUCACAAGUGUUAAUCUGUUGUAAGUUUAGUGUAAUAAGGCAUAGAUUGUGUUCCUUCAGAUAUGAGAGUUUUCUCAAAUUUUGGCAAUAUUCCUUGUAGUUAAAUCAUGCUACUAGAAUUCUGUAUUGGAUAUAUAAGAGCAUGAACAUUUUAAAAAGGUGUGUGAUUAUGAAAUUUCACUUAAAUCUACUAGAAGCAUCUAGGAAACAUUUUUUCAAUCAAGUAUUUUGCGUUUUGGAAUGUCAGAAUGAGAUUGGAAUCUGGCUUUAAUCUCAUUUUUCCCCAGGCUAACACUUUUUUAGAUACUGUUCUGACCAUACUCAAAAAGCUCUGUGAAUUUCAUAAACUAAUAGAAGUUGAAAAUUGUUGAAUCUAAAUUUACUUAUUUUGGCUGUGGUUUCCAUUUGAAAGUAGAGGUUGUAUACAUGGUAUACUGCUUUUCAUUUUCCUAAUAUUUUUCUACCUGACCUCUUAUAAAUUUACUUUACACAAUUCUGACCCUGUACAUAUGUAAACAUGAGUGUACGAUCCUUAACUGUGGAGUAGAGGUACUAGAAUUCAAUGGCCAUCUCUUUGUACUGGAACGGCAUUGACCUUCAAUAAACAUGAAGUCACAACUCCUUCGCCAUGCUAUGUACCAUAUUAUCUGUUUUGUAUCUUAAAUUUGUUUUACAUAUAUUAUUUAUUUUUGAUGACUCACCCAGUUUAUACUGUGCUAUCAAUGAAGCCAUGUAUAAAUAUGAUAGGUUUGGCAGUAUGUGUUUACUUUAAACUUGUCUUUUCAAAACAUUACUCCUUUAUGUUGUACAAUGUAGAUGGCCUCUUACUAAUGUAAAAUGAUUUGUAGUGGAAACAUUUAUAUUUUUAUAAUAAACAUAAUGAAAAUAUUUUUUAAAGAUUGGAA